CCAUCUCAGAUGCAGAAAGCCAGCUACCAUUUCUGCUGCUGCAGCCACGACCUCUGCAACAGUAACUAUACUGAAGCUCCGCCCACUGAUGACACGCCCAGCCUGAGGUCGAUGAGGAGGGAYGACCUCAUCCUCAGUCCCACAGAUCGUCAGAUGACAGCGAAGGAGACGGCUCUCGUUGCCCUGGCAACUGUGGCUAUAGCAGCCCUCCUCAUCAUGGCGCUGUUCCUGGGAUACCGGAUGAUGAAAAGGAAGCAUAAACAUGGUCUGUCUGCUGUGAAUGCAAUGGAAGCAGCAAACUCUGACUCAGCUGUGGACCUGGACAACUUGAAACUGCUGGAGCUGAUUGGUCGAGGCCGUUAUGGAGCGGUGUAUCGUGGUUCUCUGAAUGAGCGAUGCGUUGCUGUUAAAGUUUUCARCUCUGCUAACCGCCCAAACUUCUCCAACGAGCGCUCCAUCUACCGCCUGCCUCUGCUGCAGCAGCACGACAAC